AUGUCAGCAAAAAGAUCAAGCUACAAAAUCUCCUACAAACUACGAGUGGUAGAUUAUGCCAAGGAGCAUGGAAAUAGAGCAGCAGCAAGGGUUUUGGGGCCACCACCUACAGAAAAAAUGUUACGUGUCUGGCGACAGCAAGAAGAGCAGCUGAUGAGAGCACAGAAAGGUAAACAUAACCUUUGUUUCCCAGCCCCACAUUGGCCAGAACUUGAGGAUGAUAUAAAAACGUGGGUGCUUAAUGAGAGAAACUCAGGGAGAAGUGUAUCUACCAAAAUGAUAAUUCAUGAGGCCAUGAGAAUAGCAGAACAACGAGGGAUACAGAACUUUGCAGGAACAGAAGGUUGGUGUUACAGGUUUAUGAAACGGAAGGGUUUAUCAAUGCGUACAAAAACAUCCAUUGCACAAAAAAUGCCUGCUGAUUAUGAAGACUUUUCUGGUGUAGAAGAUGAUGAAGAGUUUUCUGGUUUAAAAAGAUGA